UCUGACAGUUACACCAAACUAAUUUGAAUCAGGGGAGAAAUAAUAAUAUCUUUGUACGAAUGCGCUAACACUAAUUAAUUUAACUAAAUGGAAUGAACGCAGGUUGUAGAAAUUGGCAUAACUGAUCAGAACCAUUUAAAAAUGGAAGCUGUAUGUUCUAAGAAGUUGAUUAAAUCGAAAUCUGGAUUGAGAAUUGUAGUUACAAAUGAUAAAUUCAGGAGCCCUUUUUUACUGUGUGAACCUCAGUGGACUCCAGACAGUGAGAGCACAAACUGCACAGCAUGUAAGGUGAAAUUUGACUUUGUAACAAGAAGGCACCAUUGUCGCCGUUGUGGACUGAUAUACUGUGGGUCGUGUUGUGAAUCUAAGAUGGGGCUUCCUCGAAUGUGCUUUGUAGAUCCAGUUCGUGUUUGCAACAGAUGUGCUUUUGUUACAAACAAGGAAAGUGAUUUCUUUGAUCGACAAUUGAAAACACUAACCAGUGGUGCUACUUUCCUCCUGGAUCAGAGACUUUCAGCUUGUCCAGAUUCUGUCAACUCUCUUGUUUGCAAGCUGUCACAAGAUCACAGAUAUCUAGUGUUUGAGGGCAGGACAGCAGACUCUGUGAGUUCAGUAGAAUUGCAUCAGGUGAAAACACUUGGUGUUGCACGGGAUCCUGACACUGCAGACAGUGAGGAGGAGCUGAAAGGAAUAAGCAGUGUGGAGAUUGUAUACACAGAUGGCAGUCAGCAGAAUGAACAGCGAGUAAAACUUUGUUCAGGGCCAGAGCCUCAUCGCAAGCUUGCCAAUGCUUGGAUUGAUGCUAUCCAACAAGUAUGUUGCAUUCAAAUUGCUGUACGAAUGUCGCUCAGAUAAUAGUGACUGAAUCUCAUGGAAUCACAAGUACUGCACAUAAAGUAUUACUAUAUUUCCAAAAUAAUAUUUCAUAGUUUCUCUUUUUACAUUUAUUGAUUUAUGUGGGACUGUGGGUUAUUAAAUAUAGUUUAUUUGCAUGCCAUUUACAGUACAAAUAGAAGUUUAUUAAUGUUAUUUUACUUUGAUAAAUAUAUUGCUACAAAUAUAAUGUUAAAUGCAACAGCAGCCAGUCAGACAUUUUUGUCAAAAUUCAUGUUGUUUACUUUUUAAGUGGUGUGCCUCCAUAACGUAUUUUUUAACCUGUUACUACCAAGGGUACUGUUUACAGGUUGCGCAUGAAUUUCCAGGAUGUUAUGUAAAAAUUUAAUAUCGCAAUGGAGGCCUAUAUUCCUAAAAUAAGAUGCACAAGGUGUUCAAAAUGCUUAUGUACAUAUAAUUUUGCCAUCUCUUAACAUAUAUAUGAAUUACUUAAACAGAAAGCCAGUCUCUAGGCAGUCACAAGAUUUGAUCAUGGUAUUACCAAAUAACCAACCUUAUAUUACUGCCAAAAAGGUGCAAGAUUAUGUUACACUUAGCUGUUUGUCUGGAUAUAAAAUGUUUAUAAUGCAAAAAUGUAUAGAAUGUUGCUAGUUGUUUUCAAAAAGGAGCUAUAUAUACCCUGUAUACCAAAAUAAUAUAAGAGUUCCUCUGAUUAAGAAACUUAAAAAAUUUAAAAUGAAAAAAUGUAGUGUUACACAUAAAUUAAAAAUUGUUUAUCUUCCACAGUAA